AACAAGAGUGAAUUGAACUGAUUAUCGACGCGAGUUCUCCCCUGCUUUCAGCGAUUCACGAUGAACCGAACACUCUUCCGAGCGGCACGUCAUCUUCGUGCGAAACAGCCGAUUCCUAUUACGCCCUCUCCGCUCGUCUCACGCGGGUACUCUACCGCCCUGUUCGACUGGGAAGACCCCCUGGCAGCAUCUGAAUUAUACACGGCGGAGGAGCUGGCGAUCCGGGAGACAGCACGGCAGUACUGCCAGGAACGAUUGAUGCCUCGGGUGCUCGAGGCGUACCGGAACGAAGACUACGACCGACGGAUCUUGGAGGAGAUGGGCGAGCUGGGACUGCUCGGGGCUUCUAUCGAGGGGUACGGAUGCGCCGGGGCGAGCACGGUGGCGUCGGGCCUGAUCACGAAGGAAGUCGAGCGGGUGGAUUCCGGGUACCGGUCUGGGAUGUCUGUGCAGAGCUCGCUUGUGAUGACGGGGAUCUACGAGUUCGGGACGACGGAGCAGAAAGAGCGGUUCCUGCCCGGGUUAGCCAGGGGAACGAUAGCGGGAUGUUUUGGCCUGACGGAGCCGAAUCACGGAUCGGAUCCGGGCUCGAUGGAGACGGUUGCGAGGGAGCAUCCGACGAAAAAGGGCUGUUACUUGCUGUCCGGGACGAAGACGUGGAUCACCAACUCGCCUAUCUCGGACGUGAUGCUCGUCUGGGCUAAGUUGGAGAGCACGGGCAAGAUCCGUGGGUUUCUCGUCGAGCGCGACGGUUGUCCGCCGGGGACGCUGGAGACCCCCGCGAUCAAGAACAAGAGCGCGUUGCGUGCCUCGAUCACGGGCAUGAUUCAGAUGGACGAUUGCCCCGUGCCCGCGGAGAACAUGUUCCCGGACGUCGAGGGGCUCAAGGGCCCGUUUACCUGUCUGAACAGCGCGCGGCUGGGGAUCGCCUUUGGCGCCAUGGGAGCGCUGGAGGACUGUCUCGACCGUGCUCGCACCUACGCCCUUGAACGCAAGCAGUUCAGGGGCAACCCGCUUGCCAAAUACCAGCUUGUGCAGAAGAAGUUGGCCGACGCCGCCACGGACGCCGCCUACGGCACCCUGGCGGCGGUCCAGGUCGCUCGUCUCAAAGACGCGGGCACCAUGGCCCCCGAAAUGAUUUCCAUGAUCAAGCGGCAGAACUGCGAUCGUGCCCUUGCGAACGCCCGGGUACUCCAAGAAGUGUUUGGCGGCAAUGCCACCAGCGACGAAUACCACAUCGGUCGACAUGUGGCCAAUCUUUUCGUUGUGCAGACAUACGAGGGCCAGAGUGAUAUCCACUCGCUGAUCUUGGGUCGGGCUAUUACUGGAGUCCAAGCUGAUCCACCCUCUUCCUGCUCUGCCGGCCCUGUUGGCGAUGAUCUGUUUCACUGGCAAGCGACGAUAAUGGGUCCUGGUGACUCGCCGUACUCUGGAGGUGUUUUCUUCUUGUCGAUUCACUUCCCCACCGACUACCCCUUCAAGCCUCCCAAGGUCACCUUCACUACUCGCAUCUAUCACCCCAACAUCAACUCGAACGGCAGCAUUUGUCUCGACAUCCUGAGGGACCAAUGGAGCCCUGCCCUUACAAUCUCUAAAGUGUUACUUUCCAUCUGCUCGAUGCUCACUGACCCCAACCCCGACGAUCCCCUUGUGCCCGAGAUCGCGCAUGUGUACAAGACCGAUCGUCCCCGAUACGAGGCAACCGCGCGGGAGUGGACUCGCAAAUACGCCAUUUGAUCUUCGCACAUCCGAAAACAAACAAAAAAAAAAAAACACCAUGCUUGUCAUCAACCUCGCUUCUGCGUCUUCUUCCCCUCCGUUAGAUCAGAUCCGAAAGCCUGGCGUACCGUGAUCGUAGAUCCUUUCCUUGUUUUCUCUGUGAAACAUUUGCGUGCCCUUGACCCUCCGCUUUUUUUCCACCCUCUUCCUCUAUUUUUUUAUUUUCCUUACGUUUUCUUUAUUUUUUGGCGGGAAAUGUCAUAUCAGACGAUCAUUAUGACCUUCUCUCAUCAUGCAUUCAUGGCAUUACUAUUUUUCACCGGGAACG